CACUGCGCGCGCAGCUCCGCGACAGCGUCGCACGCGGCGGCCGGUACACGCGGAGCAUCGCGGGGCGCGUCCUCCUCGACGUCGUGCAGUGCGUCUCCGCGUCCGUGUCAGUCAGUUCGCGCGUGCGUGUGUGUGUGUGUGUUUGUGUCAGUGAGUGACAGGGGGAGUGGCGUGGUGGCGGCGGAGGUAUAAUGUACCUCAGCUCGCCGUCGGUACGCGGCCUCCCCGCCCUGCCGGCCGUCCUGCUCGUGGCCCUGGUCGGCCUGCUGCAGACCCUGCAGGCGCGCGGCGCCCGCCACCUCGAGGACUUCGAGCAGGGCCUCAGCAACAGCCUGAGCGGGCUGGGCCAAGGGCUGGGCCCCGCGCUGAGCCCCGUCAGGAGCUUCAUCGCCACGGACGCACUGGCGGACGGUGAGCGGGAGCGACGGAUACACGCCCACGGGAUUACCGCCAAGGAGACGACCAUCGGUACCGCCGACAAGCCCCAGCUGCACCUGCGCCAGGUGACGGACGGCCGCCACUUCGUGCAGCUCAUCUACUCCGGCGCCGAGGAGCUCCGCGACUGCGAGUACGUGGAGCACGAGCCCUCGGUGCGCGCCUUCCUGCAGGCCUUCCACGACGACAUGGAGGCCGUGCGGCACGGCAGCGCGUCCGAGGCCAGGAACGUGACGGUGCGCGUCCUCGGUGACGACGAGGCCCUCCCCGACGACGUGGCCGCCUGGCUGGACUACCCCAGGCUGCGCGCCGACUGCGAGCGCAACCACCAGGAGAUGCGCAGGCUGGUGGACGGCCACGAGCGCGGCGAGGAGGCCGCCAAGCACGAGCUGGAGAGGCGAAAACGCAGCCUGCAGGACGCCUUCAUGGCCCCGGGGACCAAGUGGUGCGGGCGGCACCACCGCGCCGACGCGUACUCCUCGCUGGGCGCCUUCAGUCGGACGGACCGCUGCUGCAGAAGGCACGACCAGUGCAAGAUGGCCAUCCCCGCCUUCCACACCAAGUUCGGCCUCUUCAACUACCGGCCCUUCACCCUCAGCUACUGCGGCUGCGACAAGAGGCGGAAGCGCGACCUCCUGGACGCCAUGCGCGUCCCCGGCACCAAGUGGUGCGGCAAGGGCUUCUCGGCCACCUCCUACAAGCAGCUGGGGGCCUUCUCGCGGGUGGACCGGUGCUGCCGGCACCACGACAUGGGCUGCCGGCACUACAUCGGCGCCCUGGAGGAGAAGUACGGCCUCUUCAACUGGAGAGUCAACACCGUCAUGCACUGCUCGUGCGACAGAAGGUAGGACGUCUUUUUGCUCGUUCGUUUCGUUCUGUAGUGCCGUACCUGUUGCUACUUCUUGGGUGACAGGCCGACGGUAGCACCCCCGGUCUGGUACACUGGAGUAGGGAGUGCGAACCUGAUAGCGUCGGGCGUCGCGCGCCAGGACACGGGUCAGUGUCACUGCAGCAUGCUAAACUGUCUCGGGCCGCCGACUCUGGCUUGACCCCUUUCGAGGCACAUUCUCACGAUGGGGAAAAUGGAUUGCCCAUCGAACAGUUCAUCGGUGGCACCAAGGGGUUGCACUGAAAAGUUGUGUGCGAUGAUUGCGGGGACUACUUUGCAGGCGUUUUGCAGCGUGAAUGUGGAAUUUAUUCAAAUUUUGGCAAAGUUGUUUCCGCCUCUGCUGGUACCAUUCCCAUGCAAGAGAGUAAACAGCAACAUCUCCAAAUGAGCCUGAAUUCGAGUCUUCCUGAACUGGUCCUCCAAAAAUGAGCCAGAAUUCAAGCCCUCCAAAGCUCAUCAUCCAUAAAGGAACCCUAACCCGAGUCCUCCAUAAAAUGAGCCCGAAAUCGAGUCCUCUUGAACGAUCCACCGAGUGCGAUGCGAUGCCUUCGAGAUGUCCCUCGCUUCCUCGUUGGCCCCCAGCCGCCUCGCGGUAAUCGCUCAACCGCGGGGCGUGGUCCGGCGCGGCGCCGUGAUGUCGAUACUAUCGAACCGAUCGAGUAUCGAUUAUUAUUGUCGGCCAAUUUGCUCGACGGCUUGUCAUCGAUCUGACGGCUGCAACCCGCUUUUUACUAAGUUGUUUUAAAUAAUUGAUCAGGCCGGCCGCCUGAGCCAAGGCUGAGCGCGUGCAUUUCUCCGUUCACUCCACUCCCCACCCUUCCAUCUGUCGGUCUUUCUCAGAC